AUGAGAAUCUGUGUCUUCCAGUCUUGCUUUGAGGAGCUCCAAGCUUCUGUUGGCGAAGCGCAGGAAUUAUGCAUGAACCCAGGCGUGUUUACAACGCAGCAUGCAGUCACCCACAAGACUGUCCAUAAAAAUACGGCCAAGGAACAAAUAGAUGAAGCUGUUAAGGAGGGAUACGACUUCUAUCUGAACUUUAUGUGGGGGACACAUGAUGAUUCGUUAGCAGGUGUAGAUGCUAUUCGAUAUCUCGAGUCUCUCAACCUCCCAUUUGCCGGUGUCCAAAGCUCGGAAAGAGCCCAAUCAAAAUGGGACUUCUUUGCCCAGGCCAAGGCUGCAGGGAGUCCACUUAUACCAGGUACUGAGAUUUUUCCACUGUUUGUGAAGCCCGCGUCAAGUUAUGGAAGCAUGUUCAUAGAUGAACACUCUUUGUGUCGGAAUAAACAGGGGCUUGAGCAGUGUAUCCUAAGGCUUAACAAACUUAUGCGUCCGGUUCGGCUCCAACGAGCCCAGGCAUUGGGUCAUACAGACCCGGAGCAGUACGCGGAUUCCCGGGAAGAAGAAGGCCAAGACAGCACAGAUAUUGUCGUCCAGGAGUUCAUUGCUGGAGAGGAAUACUCCGUUGUCGUGAUUGCGAUGGGCGAGACCCCAUUUCCACUUAUCCCACAGCGCGCCAAGUAUAAACAAGUUGGAGACUCUGCGCGUAUUCUCACAUUAGAGUUGAAGUUUGACGCCGAAUCAGGGUAUGAGUUGUUACAUGAAGAUGAGGAUCCGGCUCUAUGGAAACACUUGCAGGACACGGCAAUUGAAGCUUUUACAACUAAGAAAAUGUACACAAAUUACAUGGGCUGCGAUGUCGACAUGCGGAUUGGGCAAGAUGGAAGAGCCUAUGUAAUUGAAGUCGAUCCUCUUCCUGUGUUUUUCUACCCCACGGGAUCCCAGCUCGAAGAUACAGAUGUCAAACAUGGAUUUCCUGGGUCAUACCGAGCUGUUGUCAACACUUACAUCACAAAUUACUUCCUUGAGAAUUCAGCCCUUGGAGAGGCACGUUCAGGUGAGUUAGCGGCAUUAUUUGAUCAAAUGCCACUGAAAGCCAGGCUUGUCCAGGAAAUUAUGGACAUCUCUACGAUCGCACCAUACAACGGCACGGCGAUUGAUCUUGGAUGCGGAACCGGAAGUGGUGGAUUAUCGCUUAAGUCCAAUCCGAGGAAUCAAAUUACGCAUCUUGUUGGUGUUGAUAUUUCAAAAACAUCGCUGGAUGCCCAUACCUCCGAGACGGGGUAUAAUCAGUUGGUUCAAAACAGGAUGGAGCGAUUCUUGGCCAAGCAGACAGUCAUGGUGGAUCAUAUUUUCUGUGUUUCAGCAUUGGAAUUCCUAUCAGUGGAGGAGCUGGACUUUGUCCUCGCUCGCUGCUUCCAGCUGGCCAGAUGUUCUGUGACCCUGAUACUCAAGAGCUCUGGGUCGUUGGAGCGCUUCCAAUCUUAUAUCAUCGAUCACUCUCAGAACAUCAGAACCUUUCAGGUCCAGCAAGGAUGGUCAUUAGAGACUCCAAGGAUGUCCGGUCUUUGCUCUGAAGAUCACCAUACGUGUUUCUUUUUCCGGCGAGACAUGAAAAUAUUUGGGGACUCAUCUUCAUAG